AUGGAUAGAACUAUAUUUUAUUAUUUUGCUAAAAUUAAAUUCACACUGGCGUCGUCAACUACAGAUAAUAAGUUUCUUCUAUCAGACGAGAAACAAGAUUUAAAACUUAUUCCAAUUAAUCCAAAUGUAUGUUUUGCAACAACAACUUCAGUAUCAUCUAUAAAGAAUUCUAAUCAAACAAGAAUAUCAACAUCAUGUAAUUUAAAUACAUCUACUUUUGUACCAAUGAUUGAUCUUCAUGGAAAAAAAUAUUUUCCUGUUUAUUUAAACCAACCAAGCGAUGAUAAAGAUCAGAUAAAUACAAAUAAAUCAAUUCCACCAGCACCACCAUUAUUGAAAUCAAAUGUUUAUCUUGAACGUCUUGUAAUAUCACAAAUCGGUUUAGUACCAACUAAACGUGAUCGAAAACCAUUCGAAAUAACAAAAAAUCAUGAGCAACAUGUGAAAAAACCUUCGAAUGUCGUCACUCAACGUCCAUCUGAAGUUUAUAAAAAUCAACGAGCUAAAACUAUUCGUGUUGGUAAAAUUUGUUGGCCGCCACCACUUUAUUCCGAAGAAACUGAAAAUAUCAAUCAACAAAAACAAAUACUUGUACAACGUCGUAUUCAAGAUGAAAUUCAUACAAAUGAACAAUUAUCAACAAUUCAAGAUGAAAAUAUUGUUCAUGAUCAAAAAUCAAUGCUUGGUAAAGAAAAUUUUCAACAGCAUGACAAUCAAUCAUCAUUUGUAGAUUUAAAAGUAAAUACUCAAGAAAAAAUACCUUCAAUUAUUUUACCGACAAUUAUUGAUGAAAAUGAACCAGUGCAGAAAAAUCGAACAUUUUCCGAUGAUAUUUAUGAUCGUCUUGAUUACCAAACAUUCAGAACUACAAAGACAUAUUCAAAUUGUGAACAAUUAUCAAUUAAAAGUACGAAACGACGGCAUCAUCAUACAAAUAAAAAACGCUUACAUCGUCGUUGUGCACCAACCUAUAUUAAAGAAUUAAAAGCUUAUUUAGCACAUCGUGAAUCAUCUAUAAGUGAUAUUGUUAAAAUAUCUGAUGUAAAAAAAUUUAAUAAUGUCCUUGUUUGGUUAUCAAAUCAAACAACAUCACCAUCUUUAAUCGAAACAUCAAUACCAACGCCAAUAUCAUUAAUUAAAACAGAUAAUCCUACUCCAACAUUUACAGAUGAAGCAUAUACAAGUAAAUCAUCGUCAAGACAAUCACUUAGUUAUCUAACUUAUGAUAAUAUUCAAUGGAAAUUAAAAAUUCGAAAAGAAGUAUUUUCACCUGGUGAAACGUUUGAUGAACCAACUCUAAUUGAAUUAUUAUAUUUACAAAUUCUACAUGAUUUAUUUUCAUUAGCAUGUAUUCGUAUCAAUGAUGCAGAACGGACAAAUAUGAAAAUAUUUUUAUCUACACAUGGUAUUGUAACUAUUGGUGAUAUUAAUUUAAUAGAAAUUUUAUCUACAAAGAAAACUAUUAUUGAACAAGCACGUCAAUGGUCAAUCUAUUUUUGUCGAUUAUUUCCAAUUUCUAUACCAAAAAUUCAUUCGAAUGUAGUACAAAUAUUAGGUAUAUCACAUUCUGGUAUUCGAUUAAUUAAACAAAAUCGAACAACAACAACAAAUGGAACUUCAUUAAAAGUAUUUAAAACAUAUUCGUUUGAUGUAUUUCAACAUGUUUCAUCGGUUCAAAAUGAUUCUACUAUCGAUUUAUGUUUAAAGAAAAAAACUAUUACUAUUCAUUCACAUCAGAUUCAAAAAAUUAAACAAAUGAUUGAUAAAUUUUUAAAAGAAUUUCAAACAAAUACAAACAAACAGUCUCAAGUAGUACCUAAUCAAAUUAUAACAACAACAACACCAAGUGAUUUAUUCAAAUCAUCAAGUCAAACUAGUUUAAUGAGUUGUAGUCAAACAUUCAGUGAAUUAAUUCCAUCUACAUCAGUAGAAUUACAUACACCAAAACCAACUUUAUCGAUAUUACCGACUGGAUAUUCAAUGAUGGAAUUUGCUUUACAAAAUUUUAAACUUCCAAAUAAACGACGAUCAAAAAAAAGUUGGAAGACUUCAGAAUGGACAUGGCAAGAUUAUGCUGAUCUUAUUAAAUGGUCAGAAACUCCAAUUCAAACACCUCUUCUUCGACAUUCAUCUAAUAAUUCCCUUCGUAUAUCACGACAAUGUUUUCUAGCUAUUAUGCGUUUUAUGGGUGAUUAUCCGAUGGCACGAGAUCGAACUGAAAUUAAUUACGUAAUAUAUCUUCUUAAGAAUAUGCAUAAACAUAGAAUAUUAAUUGAUGAAGUUCUAUGUCAAAUUAUAAAACAAUUAACUGAUAAUAAAAGUAUAAUAAUUGAUAGUAUGCAACGUGGUUGGAAAUUACUUGCAAUUAUACUUAAUUAUUUUAUUCCAAGUGAUCAUUUAAAACCAUAUUUCCUAAAAUAUCUUCAUGAUAAUCAAAAUCAUGAUGAAAAAUUAGUGAAAUUAUGUUUAAAUCAUUAUGAACAAACAUUAAAAUAUGGUGGAAGAAAAACUAUACCAAAUAAAACAGAAAUUGAUCUCAUAACAAAUAGUGGCGAAAAUACUGAAAAACGCCAGAUAUUUUUAUUACCAGGUGGAUUUCCAUUAACCAUAUCAAUAACAUCAUCAAUGGUAAUUGCUGAUUGUCUUAAUCUUCUAUGCGAACAAUUUAAUAUAUCAAAUGUAUUAGAAAGUAGUGAAUAUUCUAUUUUUAUUAUAAGUGCCUCAAAAUAUUCAUCUCGUUUAUUAAAUCUAACUGAAUAUCUUUUCGAUAUUUUCAAUGAUUGUAUUCGAUUAAAUAUAGAUGAUUUUCAUUUGAUUAUUAAACGUAUGCUUUGGUUUACUAUUCCAUUUCAAAUGAAUCAUGAUGAUAAAAAAUCUGAAAUAUUUAUUGAUUUUAUGUAUCAUCAACUUAUACCUGAAUUUCUUGAUGGAACAAUGAUUAUUUUAAAUAAUAAUAAUAAUCUUUCCGAUGAUCUUAUGCAAGAAAUUUCGUUUAUGGUAGCUCUUCAAUAUCGUGCGUCAAAUAAAACGGAUCUACCAUCUAUAAAAGAAAUAAAAUAUCUUCUUCCGGCAAAUGUAUUAAAAUUAAAAGAUAUUCAUCCUCAACAAUGGACAAUAGCUAUUCAUGAUAAAUUUAAUUCAUCUGUUGCCAUGAUGUCAACAACUGAAGCUAAAAUGAAAUUUUUAGAUCUUAUACAAACAUGGCCUUUAUUUGGUACAACAUUCUUUACUGUUCAGUCAAUCGAUAAUUCAUUAAUUCGAUCACCUUGUUUAAUUGGUUUAUGUAAAACUAAUAUUUUAUUUCUUGAUUUCUAUACACGAGAAACAAUGUCUGCAAUUCUCUACAAUGAUAUUGUAUCAAUUCGUCGUUAUCAAUCUACAAUUGAUAUAAAAUAUGAAAGUUUAAAUCAGAUACAUAUUCUUCAAUGUAAACUUGAUAAAGCUCAAGAUUUCGUUGCAUUAAUUGAACGUUAUUUAAGUUUAAUUGGACGAACUGUAACAUAA